AUGAAGUCUGUUGAGGAGGAGGGGAAGAUGAAGAAAAAGAGAGGUCGGCCAAAGAAGAGUGAGGUAAAAGAGAAAGCAACCCAGCAAGCACCGGUGGUCGGAAAGAAGAGGAGAGGGAGGCCAAGAUUGAACAGUAAAGAGGAGGUAAAGGAGGUGGAAAAUGAGAAUCUGACCCAACCAAAACCGACCGGCGGAAAGAAGAGGCGGGGGAGGCCAAGAUUGAACAGCAAAGAGGAGGUAAAGGAGGUGGAAAAUGAGACUCUGACCCAACCAAAACCGGCCGGCGGAAAGAAGAGGAGAGGGGGGCCAAGAUUGAACAGCAAAGAGGAGGAAAAGGGGGAGGAAAAUGAGAACCUGGCCCAACCAGAACCGGCCGGCGGAAAGAAGAGGAGAGGGAGGCCAAGAUUGAACAGCAAAGAGGAGGAAAAGGGGGAGGAAAAUGAGACUCUGACCCAACCAAAACCGGCCGGCGGAAAGAAGAGGAGAGGGAGGCCAAGAUUGAACAGCAAAGAGGAGGGAAAGGACGAAAAUGAGAAAGUGACCCAACCAAAACUGGCUGCUGGAAAGGAGGAGAGAGGGAGGCCAAGAUUGAGCAGCAAAGAGGUGGGAAAGGAGGAAAAUGAGAAAGUGACCCAACCAAAACUGGCGGGCGAGAAGAGGAGGAGAGGGAGGCCAAGAUUGAUCUAUACGGAGGAGGGAAAGGAGGAGGACAAUGAGAAAGUGACCCAACCAAAACCGGCAGGGGAAAAGAAGAAGAGAGGGAGGCCGAGAUUGAAAUAUAAAGAAGAGGAAACUGUGGAAAUUGAGAAUCCUGAGGUGGAAAGUGAUCUAAAUAAUGCAUCAAGAGAUGGUGAGUUGGCUAGAGAGGUGGAGGAGAUGGCAAAGGCUAAAGAUUUGAGCUUGGAUUGCAUGGGAGGAGUAGAAGGGGCAGUGGAGGAGAAUGCCCAAUCUACGGUUAAGGAUGAGGAAGUGAACUUAAGAAAGAGAAAGCGCUGUCAGGAGGUUGGAAAUGAAGCUUCUUGUUGUGAGUCUGAGGUGAUUGAGAGGGAUGUUGGUAGUGAAUCUAAGAAGAAGAGGCGAGGGAGAAAGCCGUCGAAAAGUUUAGAAAAGCAUGAUAAGGAAGAAGAUCGAUUUAAAGAAAGUGCUGGUGAAUCCAAGGUGAAUAAAGACAUAAGUGAGAAUAAAACUAAGAAAACGCGUGGAAGAAAGCCAUCAAAAGGUUUUGGGGAACAACAUGAGAAUGAUGGGGUAGAUGGCGAGUUCUUUUAUGGAAAGGAGAGGGAACAGGAAGAGGGGGAGGUGCAAGAUAGGAAAAAUUGCAGUAGCCGUACUCUUAGGAAAAAGGCAGUAAAGAAAGAGGAAGCUAUCCAACGGAAAAGAUUAGCGAGCAAAAAUGGAAACUCAUUGUCCAAUUGCCACCAGUGUCACAGAAAUGACAAAGGGAGGGUUGUUUGGUGUACUAAAUGCAAGACAAAAAAAUAUUGUGUGCCUUGCAUGGAGAGAUGGUAUCCACACAUCCCAGAGGAAUAUUUUGCUGAAUCAUGCCCUUUUUGUCGCAAAAACUGCAACUGUAAAUCAUGCUUGCGAGUGGACCCAUCAAUAAAAGAUGAGCAGCUGAAAUUGGAAUACACUGCUUCAGAAAAGGUUGAGUACGCAAAAUAUCUUCUAGGUGUGCUUUUACCAUUUAUGAAACAAUUUAAUGCAGAACAGAUGAUGGAAAAGCAAAUGGAAACUAAGCUUAGAGCCUUGCCCAUUUCAGAAAUUACCAUAGAACGGUCUGAGUGUGAGGCAAAUGAGAGGAUAUUUUGCAACAACUGCAAAACUUCCAUUGUUGAUUAUCACCGGAGCUGCCCCUAUUGUUCUUAUGAUCUUUGUCUUACUUGUUGUCGAGAGAUAAGAGUUGGUUGUUUGCAAGGUAGUGAUAAGGGGAAGGUGCCAGAAUUCAGAGAUCCAGGAUUCAAGUACUUGCAUGGUAUGGAGAAAUGUAAAUCGAGUUUUGGUAACCCUGGGACACCUAGAAGAGCUAGUUCUAAAGCUGGUACUGAGAAGCCUUGCAAUGAGGACGGAAAUAAUCCCGAAGAUCAUGUGAAGUUAGCUUGUGACUGGAAAUGUAAUGAAGAUGGUAGCAUUUCUUGCCCCCCACCUGAGCUUGGUGGUUGUGGAAAAGGGACUUUGGAACUGAGGUGUACAUUUGAAGAAAAUUAUGUCUCUGAGUUGGUUAAAAGAGCUGAAGCAUUGGCCAAUAAACAUAAAGUUGAAGACGCUAAUGAGAUUUCUCAGCAAUGUUGUUCUUGUCCAAAAUCCCUAAAAGAACCCAGUUCUAGCAGUUGUAACCUGCGGAAAGCAGCUUCUCGAAGAGGUUCUGAUGACAACUUUUUAUACUGUCCAAAAGCAGUGGAAAUUCAGCCCAAGGACCUGAAACAUUUUCAGUGGCAUUGGAUGAAAGGAGAACCUGUUAUAGUCAGGGAUGUGCUGGAAACUACAUUUGGUUUAAGCUGGGAACCGAUGGUUAUGUGGCGGGCCUGUCGUGAGACAGGCCAAAAAAGGAAUGUUAACCAUCCUCUUCUUUUGGACGUGACUGCAUUAAAUUGCCUAGAUUGGUGCGAGGUAGAUAUUAAUCUACACCAGUUCUUCGAUGGUUAUAGAAAAGGGCGAUUUGACCAACAAGGAUGGCCCCAGAUUUUAAAAUUAAAAGAUUGGCCUCCAUCCAGUUUGUUUGGAGAGCGUUUGCCCUGUCAUAAUGCAGAAUUCAUUAAAUCUUUGCCUUUUAAGGUUUAUACUCAUCCUCAUAAAGGAUACUUAAAUCUUGCCGCGAAACUUCCCAAAAAAUCUCUGAAACCAGACUUGGGGCCAAAAACAUAUAUUGCAUAUGGAGUUACACAAGAACUUGGACGCGGGGACUCAGUCACAAAGCUUCACUGUGAUUUGUCUGAUGCGGUGAAUGUGUUGACCCAUACUGAACCCGUUGUCCUAACACCUGAGAACUUAUCAAAUAUAGAGGAAUUGAAACUAAAACAUGCUGCACAGGAUGAAAAGGAGCUGAUCAGAGCUGGAAAGACAUCCAAUUCCUUGGUUGAAGUGCCAACUAAAGCCAAAGAUAAGAGCAAUGGAAUAGACGAAAUCAAAGAUGUUGGAGGAUCUGAUCUGGUGGACAAAGGCUAUGAUAAGGGACUUGAAAACGGAGCAAGGCAGGGAAAGCCUGGUGAAAUUGAUGAGAAUAAUGGUGAUGAUUCAUUUGAUGACGAAAUUAGUGAUCUUGACGUUAUGUCUUAUCUACCUGGGACGAGAGGUAGUAUCAAGAGCAGCAGAGUAAAAAGCGCAGAUGUCAUUGAAGCUCAAAACAAUCAGAGAAGUGAUCACUCAACUGAUGGGAUUCGUGAUAUAGGCAAUGGUGAAAGUUCUACUGCAAUGGAAGUCGAUCGAACUCCUAAUGCUCAACCUGUAGACAGGGAUUUUCCAUGUAAAUCUGAAAUAAAUGCAACUGGGAAGUUGGAACAACAAAUUAAGAGUGAGGAAAUUGUUGAAGGGUUUGCGGACUUGGAUAGUGGUGCUUUAUGGGACAUCUGGAGGAGAGAGGAUGUGCCCAAAUUAGAACAAUAUCUGAUGAAGCAUCAUAAGGAAUUCAGGCAUAUAUAUUGCCAGCCUCUGACACAGGUGGUUCAUCCUAUCCAUGAUCAAAGUAUGUACUUAACCAUGGAACAUAAGAGGAGGCUCAAGGAAGAAUUUGGUGUGGAGCCUUGGACUUUUGUUCAAAGAUUGGGGGAUGCUGUGUUCAUACCUGCAGGGUGUCCCCACCAAGUGAGGAAUUUGAAGUCAUGCAUAAAGGUUGCACUUGAUUUUGUUUCUCCUGAAAAUGUUGGUCAGUGCAUACGCUUGUCCGAAGAGUUUCGUGUACUUCCUCAAAAUCAUAAAGCCAAGGAAGACAAAUUGGAGGUGAAGAAGAUGACAUUCCAUACAAUGAAAAAAGCCGUCGAACGUCUGGAGUCUAGAAGUCUGGAUAUAAGUUCAAAUGAGGAGGUUUAUAGUGGGUAUGUAAUAGAAUCUACCGAAACAAAAUACUUUUGUGAAUAUUAUCUGCAAGUUCAUUUGCUUACAAGGUACUUCAUUUACAUUUAUGAUGAUUCGCAGGUGAAGGUGGAUGACUCUGAAAUCUGA